UAAAACACUUGUUUGCGAAACGGGGGUUUGGCGCUUUGCCUUCCAAAUUUAGCUAGCUACUGCAGAACUAAACACCCAGAUUCCAUUUUUUAUUUACAAAUAAUCACAAUCAUGAACCUGCUUAAACGGAUCGAAUAGAACCCCACCUCGAUGAUGGUAGUAAAUUUUAUUUUUCUUUGAAAAAAAAAAAAAAAAAAAAAGAAAGAAGAGAAAUGAUUUAGUUAGACAUGUCUCAGAAUCUUGCCUCGUCCUCCUCCUCGUCACGUUGGGGGUUAUCUCUUCUUUCUUCUUCUUGGUCUUUCUGAAAAGAUACCAUGUACCUGAAGGUGUCAAAGUGGAGCUUAGAGUUUUCCUGAAGUUAUUCCUAGCAUAACAGUGUUCUCAUAAUUUUGGUAUGGAGUGUUUUGACGUCUCGAAAAUAUCAUGGUGCAGUGCCUAGACGGAUUAAAGCAUUUGUGUGCAACAGUUGUUAAUUGUUGUGAUCCUGAAUUGUAUAAUCAACCCAAGGGUCUUCAAGAUCCAGAAGCUCUUGCAAGAGAGACAGUCUUUAGUGUUAGUGAGAUAGAAGCGCUGUACGAGCUGUUUAAAAAGAUUAGCAGUGCUGUAAUUGAUGACGGGCUGAUCAAUAAGGAAGAAUUUCAACUGGCAUUGUUCAAGACAAACAAGAAGGAGAGCUUAUUUGCUGACCGGGUAUUUGAUUUGUUUGAUACAAAGCACAAUGGGAUACUAGAUUUUGCAGAGUUUGCACGUGCCCUUUCUGUCUUUCACCCCAAUGCACCAAUUGAUGAUAAGAUCGAAUUUUCAUUCCAAUUGUAUGAUCUCAAACAGCAAGGGUUCAUCGAGAGACAGGAGGUCAAGCAAAUGGUGGUGGCCACACUUGCUGAAUCUGGUAUGAAUCUUUCGGAUGACGUGAUAGAAAGUAUCAUUGACAAGACCUUUGAGGAAGCUGAUACUAAACAUGAUGGAAAAAUUGACAAGGAAGAGUGGCGAAGCCUUGUUUUGCGACAUCCAUCCCUUUUGAAGAAUAUGACCCUUCAAUAUCUCAGAGACAUCACCACCACAUUCCCGAGUUUUGUUUUUCACUCGCAGGUUGAUGAUACAUAAGUUUCAAGCCUACAACAAGUUGACAGUCGAUAGCGGGAAGAGCUUGUUUUUUCUUUUACUGUCAAUGUGGCUUUUUCUGCGCAAAGGUUCAUCAAGUAGAGAGGAUGUUGAUUUUUUUUUUUUACAUUUUCAAUGAUCGGAAGUUCAUCUCCCUUUUCGGAUAGAACUUGAGCCUGAACAAAUGGGUUUCAGUUAUUUGUUUGUCGGUUGGUAUGAUUUUUUUCUUUUUCUUUUUUCGGUUCGGUUCACUAGAAGUAAGAGGAGAAAGGAAUCCAGUGGCAUUUCACCAUACUUGUGAUCAAUCAAGUUUUUGUGCUGCUAGCAUUCUGUUCAUUUGCCUCACUAGGUUGAUAAAUUUGGAAAGUACACCAUGCCUGCAAAUGAGGUGAACUAGAAGCAGAUGUGUUGGAACUAAUUGGACAUUGUAGCAUUGGCUUCCCUAGUAAAAAUGGAAUUCCUUUUUCCCCUUUAAUUUUGUGUAACCCCUGGCAGAGUCACAGUUGGUGGUUCGUGUAUAUGUGCACGGUAUCAUUUCAGCAAAGAUGUAAAGCUGUUUCUGCCGAUUAUCUUGGAUGAUGCAAUGAAUAGAAAGUGGUGUUGCGUGUAUAUUGUUUACAGUAACCUCUAUGAUUAUUGCAAGGCAGUUGAAGCAUUUA